CGGGGGCGUCAGUAACACUAGACGUCAUAAGCAGGUACGGUAGACGUGACGCCCUCACGGCCUCCUCUAGAUAUGGGUGCAUCCUCCCCUACUCCGACGAGGACGGCGGACCCCAGGACCAACUUAAAAACGCCAUCUCCUCCAUCCUGGGCACGUGGCUGGACCAGUACUCAGAGGAUUUCUGUCAACCUCCGGACUUUCCCUGCCUCAAGCAGCUGGUGGCCUACGUGCAGCUCAACAUGCCCGGCUCGGAUCUGGAGCGCCGUGCCCACCUUCUCCUGGCCCAGCUAGAGCACUCAGAACUCACUGAGGCAGAGCCUGAAGCUCUGUCUCCAGCUUCAGUGCCAGCUCUAAACCCAGCUCCAGAGCUAGAACCAGUUCUGGCACCAGCCCUAGCACCCAGUCCAGUGCCAGCUCCAAAGCCAGUGCCAGCUCCAGCUUCAGAGCUAGAGUCAGCUCUAGCCCCAGUUGUGGAGCAAGAGCCAGCUCCAGCACCAGCUCCAGAGCUAGAGCCAGCUCCAGCACCAGCUCCACUGCCAUUGGAGUCAGCUCGAGUACCAGUUAUCUCAUCAGAGCCUCCCUGGCCUUCGCCUGUGGCUGUGGACGACGGGCUGAGUGAGGGGAAGCCUCGCCUCCUGGAGUUCCCUCCUGACCUAGUGGCAGAGCAGUUUACACUGAUGGAUGCA